AUGAAGAGCGGCGGCGUCGUCGAGCUGGCGAGGCAGGCGGCGGCCGCCGCGCGGGACGAGCGGCGCGCGCGCGCGGCCGCUCUGCUGCCGGCGCGGAGGUACCGCGGCGUGCAGAGGCGCGGCAACAGGUACGUCGCCAUAGUUUGGAACUCCGCGAGGAAGCAGCCGAUGUGGCUCGGGUCGUACGCGACGCCCUUGGAGGCCGCGUACGCCUACGACGCCGCCGCUCGGCGCGUGCAUGGGCGCUGGGCCAGGCCCAACUUCCCGGACCCUGCGGCGCUGGCGACGGCGGUCGCGGCGCUCGAGGAUCUCGUGCGGGCGGGGCGCGCUCAGGAGCCUGCCGCGCGCCAGCAGCAGCCGGCGCCCCGUGCUCAGGUGCCCUUUUCCCACUGGGCAGCGCCUGCGCCGGCGGCCGCGGCACAGCCACAGCGCCAGCAGCGCGCACCGCCGGCGGCGUUCGCGUACCAGCGCGCGGCCACUCCGUACUCGCCGUAUUCCUACCGCCCAGGUUACUCCCCCGCCGCCGCCAUCUACGCCGCAGCCUAUGGCGCCGCGUACUUCGAGAUGACUCUCCUGCCGGGCGCCUACGUCGCGCCCGAGCUCAACCGUCCGGCGAGCAGCGCGCUGAGCAGCGCCGGGCCCGUCGGCGCCUCGCUGUCCCUCUCUGCUGCCGCCCCAGAGCGCCUGAUCGAGCCUGAUCAGGCCGUGGUCGGGGACAACUUCACCGACGACGGCGCGCCCUCGUCUGCUGCGCGCGCCUUCUUCUGGUGA